AUGUACCAAUCUGCUUACAACGGCGGCGAUCAAACGAUCGCCAGUGGCACGUCUAUACACGUACGGGGCAAAGACACUGACGCAGACAACAUGUGCAACGUAAUAUCCUGGCUAUCGAUCCGCAAUCUGCGUGCGAGACAGCGUCGCGGAACGAGCGAACGCACGCGACAGGCCAACAACAAGGGAGACAACCUUACGGGGGACACGGACAAGCAGACCGUUAUCACUCAGUCGACCGAUCGCAGCGACCAAGUCGUAGAUCAUGGCCAUGGCGGCCAUCCGGUCCGUCACCUUGACACAUCAUUCGGAUCGACAGUUCCACUCACCAUAGCACAGAGAUGCGAUGCGGUGCAAGUGGCAGCGAUGCAGCGACGAUUUGUCACGCGGAUCCGCACCGCGGCAUGA